AUGAAGGCCGUACACUCCGAAGUUGUCAGCGAUCUAACCAGCGAGGGAUUCAUCGCCGCCCUUCGACGUUUCAUCGGACGGCCCAACAAUGAAUUAAACGAGGUUGCCAAAUUGCUACGGAAAACUAACGAGCAAGAAAAAAUUCAGACCAUUCUAGCCGCUAAAAGCAUCAACUGGCACUUCAUACCGCCACUAUCACCCAAUUUCGGUGGAUUAUGGGCAGCCGCCGUAAAAUCGUUUAAGCUACACCUCAGAUGCACUACAGGUGUAGAGCUCCUCUUCACUUUCGAAGAGUUUAAUACAUUAACAAUAGACAUCGAGGCUAUCCUUAACUCACGCCCUUUAACUCCAAUAUGCUCAGAUCCCAAUGAUUUUCUCGUCCUCACUCACGGACAUUACCUCAUUAGCGAUUCAUUAACGAGCCUGCGCGAGCGGGAUUUCAGAGAAGUACCGACAAACCGUUUGUCUACGUGGCAACACAUUCAAAAGGUUAAGAGGGACUUCUGA